GCCAAGAUAUUAAAUCUGAUGGCUUUAGUAUUGAGACGUGCAAAAUAAUGGUUGACCUGUUAGAUAAUGACGGGAGUGGUAAACUGGGACUGAAGGAAUUCCACACCCUCUGGACAAAGAUUCAGAAAUACCAGAAAAUUUACAGGGAAAUUGAUGUGGAUCGAUCUGGUACCAUGAAUUCGUACGAGAUGAGGAGAGCGCUGGAAACAGCAGGGUUCAAAUUGAACUGCCAGUUACAUCAAAUCAUUGUGGCUCGUUUUGCUGAUGAAGACCUCAUCAUUGACUUUGAUAACUUUGUCCGGUGUUUGAUCCGACUGGAAACCUUGUUCAGCCAGGUUACUUUAACCUUACUGGCAGAAAUUUUGGCUGAUACGGAUGCAAACUUCUUCCCUGCCUUUUCUGGCAACAACAGGGUAAAACCUAGGUGCAGUAGUGACUCACGCUACUGCCUGUGCCUGCUUCUUUCUGCACCAUGCGUGCCCUGUGGAAAGGACUAA